AUGUCUUCAAGGUACAGAGUAGAAUAUCAAUUGAAAGCCCAUCGUAAAGAUGAGUUUAUUGAUUGGAUUAAGGGACUGCUAGCAGCGCCAUUUGUGUUGCAUGCUGUCUCACACGAUAACGAAGAUGGAACUACAGAAAGAGUUAGGAAACAAUAUGCUGAGAUUUUUCAAGAUAUUGAAAAUUUGAUUAAUAAGAAGAUUGAAAGUGAUAAACAAAACGGAUUGUUAGAUAAUGAAGAUGUUGGAUUUAGCAAACAAUAUGAGAUUGUUGAGAAAUCUAGAUUGAAGCAAUUGGUACCGUCAAUUGGCCCAUUUUUUACUGCAUUACCUUUAGAAGAGGCAUUUUUAUGGGAAGAUUCGCAAAAGGCUAUUUCUCAACGUAGAAUGGUUGCACCAAGUUUUAAUGAUAUAAGACAUAUUUUAAACACUGCUCAAGUUUUCCAAUUCAUUAAGCAGAAAAGAUUGAAUUCUAAUACUUUGAAGUUAGUUACAUUUGAUGGUGAUGUCACCCUUUAUGAAGAUGGAGGUUCAUUAGUAGACUCAGAUCCGGUUGUCCCUUAUAUGGUAAGAUUAUUAGAAUCAGAUAUCAGAGUUGGUAUAUGUACGGCAGCAGGUUAUGACGAAGCGCUCAAAUACCAAGAAAGAUUGCAUGGUUUACUGGUUGCUAUUUAUAGUUCAACUUCGCUUACUCAGGAUCAAAAGUGUAAUUUGACUGUCAUGGGUGGUGAAUCGAAUUACCUUUUCCAAUAUUUUGAAAAUCCUGAAACAGGUGAAUUUGGUUUCAGACCAAUCGAUAAAGAUUUGUGGUUAUUACCAGAAAUGAGAACCUGGGAAGAAUCCGAUAUGGAUCUUACUUUAGAUUUUGCUGAACAGACAUUAAUUCACAUGAAGAAAACUUUAAAACUACCACCAGAGACUGUUUUAAUUCGUAAGCGUAGGGCUGUUGGUUUAGUGCCAGGUGAAAAGUUCGAUCAUAUUAAAGGCAAAACAGUCCGUGUUAAAUUGUCAAGAGAGCAACUAGAAGAGAUUGUUUUAACUUUACAAAACACCUUGGAUACAUUUAAGCCUGCCACAAGAGUGCAAUUCAGUUGUUUCGAUGGCGGUAGUGAUGUUUGGUGUGAUAUCGGUGGCAAGGAUUUAGGUGUUAGAAUCUUGCAAAACUUUUAUUCUCCAAAUAAUCCAAUUAAGCCAUACGAGACUUUACAUGUCGGUGACCAAUUUAAUCCAUCUGGUUUAGCUAACGAUGUUAAAGCCAGAUUAGCCGGAUGCACCCUUUGGAUUGCGUCACCUCAUGAAACAGUACAAUUGUUAUGCAGAUUAACCAGCGAAUAUUAA